AUGGCCGCCUCCUGUACGGCUAACAGAGCUAUGCUGCACAAAUGUCUUCGGUUUAAAACUAUGUCUAAUGGUGUGUUUAUCAGAAGAAUAUGGACGCCCGGGUCUAAAUGUCAACUUCAGCAACUUCCGCACAAGUUACAGAGUGAAAGUGCUCCUCAGCUGGUGGGCGUGGUUGCCUUGGAGAUCCAUGCGCAGAUUCAGGCCACGUCCAAGCUGUUCUCCAGCUCACGUGUUGGAUUCUCAGCCCCGCCCAAUUCACACGUGUCCUUCUUCGACGCCUCGCUUCCUGGCACGCUUCCGGUUCUGAACAGGAGGUGUGUCGAGGCGGCUGUGAUGACCGGUCUCGCCCUCGACUGCAAAAUCAACACGAAAUCUCUUUUCGACAGGAAGCACUACUUCUACGCCGAUCUGCCUGCAGGUUAUCAGAUCACGCAGCAGCGAGUGCCCAUUGCAGUGAACGGAUGUCUCAGCUUCAGUUAUUUAGGUGGGAGGAAGAGGAGUGAGGUGAUAACGAAGACUGUGAGAGUGAGACAGAUCCAGCUGGAGCAGGACAGCGGCAAAAGUCUUCAUGACGACCAGAGGAGCCGGACGCUCAUCGACCUGAACCGCGCCGGUGUGGGUCUGAUGGAGGUGGUAAUGGAUCCUGACAUGUGUUGUGGUGAAGAAGCAGCAGCUGCAGUUCGAGAGCUUCAGCUCAUCCUACAGACACUUGGAACGUGCCAGGGAAAUAUGGCCGAGGGACAGCUGCGAGUGGAUGCUAACGUAUCUGUCCAUCAUCCUGGAGAGCCGCUUGGUGUUCGCACUGAAGUAAAGAACAUCAACAGCGCUCGGUUUGUUGCCAAGGCAAUCGAUUUUGAGAUCCAAAGACAGAUUGAGGUUCUGCAGAGUGGAGGCACGGUUCUGAACGAGACAAGAUCUUUCGACAGCAAAACCGGAACGACUGUACCAAUGAGAGAUAAAGAGGGUCUACAAGACUACAGAUUUAUGCCAGAGCCCAAUCUUCCUCCUCUGUUUGUUUAUGAGGGCGUGUCCUCCGUGCCGCAUGGCGUUGACCCCGCCCACGUGGUGGUGAUUGACAGACUGAAGGCCCAGAUCCCUGAGCUGCCCGGCGUAAAGAGGGCGAGACUAAUGGAGGAGUACGGCAUCCUGCCUGAGCACAGCUUUACUCUGGUGAAUGAAGACGGACUGAUGGACUUUUUCGAGCAAGUCGUCCAAAAGACUAACACGGAGCCUAAGAAGCUGAUUGGCUGGGUGAUAAAGGAGCUGAUGGGGAACCUGCACCAGCAAAACCUAAAAGUUACCCAGAGCCCCGUGUCUCCCGAGGCUCUCGCACAGCUGCUGAAUCUUCUCGAAUCUGGUUUCAUCUCCUCUUCUGCUGCUAAAGUGGUAUUCCAGGAGAUGUGGAGGGCUCCGGAUAAGGGUGUCGAGCAGCUGGUGAAGGAACUGGAUUUAGGGCUUAUCAGUGAUCGAGAGGAACUCGUAAAGAUCUGCCAGAGAGUGAUGGAUGCUCAUCCUGAUCUGGUGCAGGUGAUCAGAGGGGGCAAUAAGAAGGUGCUAAAUAAGCUCAUGGGUGCCGUUCAGAAGGAGUCCAAAGGUCGAGCCGAUCCAGUCCAGCUCAGAAACAUUUUGGAGGAAAUGACAUCAUGAUUAAAAAACCAGAGUGGAACUGAUAUUUGGUUUAGAUAUCUGAUGACAUAUGGACAGUUUUAGUAUUCUUCUAAACUGGAACCUCAGAAAAGCCUUAGUGAUGAACUGAAAGGUUGGAUCAUGUGAGUUUAUCGUUUACGACGAUUCAGCAUCGUUUGUGCUUAUUAUUUACAUGUUCCUGUUGAAACUGGGUCAACGUAAAUGUAUUAUAUUUUGUAUAAAUGGCUUUAAAUGCGGAGAAGAAUGUAUUAAUAUUUAAAUAAAGGUAAAACGAACCA